UAACUCCUGGGUUCCUCUCACUUCACAAAAAGCCUCACUCGAAUCCCCCGACAACCCCAGAAAAAAAGGGAAUAACAUCUGUUUAUCUGCAUAUUUCUAUGUUCAAAAAACAAGAGGGAAAAACACAGAGAUCGACAGAGGACGCGGAACAUCUCAGAGGAUGCGGAAUUAGAAAGAACAAAUUGCCUCUGGAGGACCAAAGGGAAAGCAAACCUUUUCUAACAGAUCCACCAGUGUGGAGUCACCUCACCUGUACCUUCGGAUUAAAGAGCAGGGUCAUGUCCCAGUUGCCAUGCGCAUCGCCACGCUGACCUGCCUUCCCGGCCCCUCCCCCUUCCUCUUUCUAUUGGCCCAGCUGCUGCUGCGGCUCCUCCUCCCUGGGCCGGAGUUAGUGGGAGCCGCUUCCACCUGCCCCUCCCUCUGCACCUGCUCCAACCAGGCCAGCCGAGUCAUCUGCACCAGGCAAAACCUGGAGGAGGUGCCAGAAAGCAUAUCAGUCAACACACGAUACCUCAACCUGCAGGAGAACUCAAUACAGGUUAUCAAGUCGGACACAUUCAAGCACUUGAGGCACCUUGAAAUCCUCCAGCUCUCUAAGAAUCAGAUACGUCAGAUUGAAGUCGGAGCAUUCAAUGGCCUGCCCAACCUUGGCACGCUGGAGCUCUUCGACAACCGCCUCACACUGGUGCCAUCACAUGCCUUUGAGUACCUCAGCAAGCUGCGGGAGCUGUGGCUGCGCAACAACCCCAUUGAGACUCUGCCAGGCUAUGCCUUCCACCGUGUGCCCUCGCUACGUCGCCUGGACCUGGGUGAGCUCAAGAAGUUGGAUUUCAUCUCUGAUGCAGCCUUUGUUGGCCUCAUCAAUCUGCGGUACCUAAACCUGGGCAUGUGUGGGCUGAAAGACAUUCCCAAACUGACAGCCCUUGUGCGCUUGGAGGAGCUGGAGCUGUCAGGAAAUAGGCUGGGGAUCAUCCGUCCCGGCUCCUUCCAAGGCUUGGUUUCUCUUCGUAAGCUGUGGCUAAUGCACUCACAGGUAUCCGUCAUUGAGCGCAAUGCCUUUGAUGACCUGAAAAACCUGGAAGAGCUCAACUUAUCCCAUAAUUCCCUACACUCCUUGCCCCAUGAUCUCUUCACACCCCUUCACCAGCUAGAGAGGGUACACCUUAACCAUAACCCCUGGGUGUGCAACUGUGAUGUGCUUUGGCUCAGUUGGUGGUUGAAAGAGACGGUGCCGAGCAACACCACCUGCUGUGCCCGUUGCCAUGCUCCCCCAUACUUAAAGGGCAAGUACAUCGGCGAGCUCGACCAGAGCCACUUCACCUGCUAUGCGCCUGUCAUUGUGGAGCCACCUACAGACCUCAAUGUCACUGAGGGUAUGGCUGCUGAGCUGAAGUGUCGAACAAGCACAUCCACAACAUCUGUCAACUGGAUCACCCCUAAUGGUACUCUAAUGACCCACGGCUCUUACCGGGUGAGGAUAUCAGUUCUGCAUGAUGGCACGCUCAACUUCACGAAUGUAACCCUGCGAGACACGGGCCAGUACACCUGCAUGGUCACUAACGCUGCUGGCAAUACCACUGCAACUGCAGUCCUCAAUGUUACUGCUGCUGAUGCUAGUGUCAACUACACCUACUUUACAACAGUUACUGUGGAAACUGUGGAUAGUGUGGGAAGUAAUGAUUAUGCAUUGACUGACAUCAAUGAGACCUUAUUCCCUCCUCCACCUGGCCCCACUCCCUCUAAUUUGUGGCCAGUAAGUGUUACUACCACAGACUUCUCUCUGCCUGUCAGCUGGACCUCCUCCUCUUCCCGGGCCACUCGACCCACCUUCACUGUGCCCAUCACUGACCCGGGCUUUUCAGGCCUGGAUGACGUGAUGAAGACCACCAAGAUCAUCAUUGGCUGCUUCGUAGCCAUUACCUUCAUGGCAGCUGUGAUGCUAGUGGUGUUCUACAAGCUUAGGAAGCAGCACCAGCUGCAUAAACAUCAUGGCCCUGCUCGUGCCAUUGAAAUCAUCAAUGUGGAGGAUGAGCUUGGUGCUGGGGCCAGUGGUCGGGGCAGCGGCAUCUCAGGAGGCGCCACCGUGACACAGAGCGGAAGCAGUGGAAUUGGAGGUAGCCAGAGCCUCAGGCUGCACCACCCGGAGAUAGUCAACCUGCCCAACCUGGCCCGAUCGGAGCACCUCAACCACUACUACAAAACCCAUCACUUCAACAACAACAUGAUGGGUCUGGGCAUGGGCACUGGAUCUGGUGUGGGCCUCAACAACAACAACAACCCAUCUCCAUGCUCUCAGUCACAGAACAUGUCCUGUUCCCAGAUUCCAACCUCCACUGGUGGGGGAACACCGACAGUUGGCACUCUGCCCUCCCCAGUGCCCCUUCCUCAGUUGGGUCUCCACAGUUCUCUGAAAGGGCUAAUGGGGAAAGGCCAGAAUGAGCCACUACUUUUUAAGAGUGGCUCCAAGGAAAAUGUACAAGAGACUCAAAUCUGAGUGAAAGUGAGGGUAGAAGUAUGAGGUAAGAGGAAAGGGAUGCCGGAUAGUGACAGGGAUAUAGAAAGCCGAGUAUGUGAGACUGAUUGUAGCCUAUACUGUCCUCAUGGACAGAGUUCAGAAAAAAAGAUGAAAUUUCACAUUGUCACUGCUUUGCAUUGUCAAUCUGUUGGCAGAGAGAAGCAAAUUGGGAGACUGAAGGAGACAGUACAGCAUCUGAUCAGUUCCACCAAUAGCAUCAUUUUACAUAAAGUCAGACAUGCAAUGUUAACCAGAGAAAUCACAAUCAUGUGUGCAACCUGCUAUAGUCUUUGCCAAAGUCCAAGACCAAGCCAACUCCUUUCACACAGUGGACAGUUGUGAACAACAGCCUGUAGGUUUUAUACAGAUUGCUUCAUAUAUUUCCAGACACACUCGGUGUAUAUAUUUGCUGGGAGACGUAAUAUUGGCCACUGAACAUGUUUUCAGAUUAGUGUUUGGCAGAGACUCUGAAUAACAAACAAUGAUUUGGGUGAGCAGUACUGUCCCAGGUUUCCAGGAAGCACUAAAAUACAGAGCAGAGCAGCGAUACUGUUCAGAACACACGUAUCAGACGAGUACUUUGCAGCAACAGAAAACAACAGCAAUUGUUUUGUUUUUGUUUUUUUCCUGAGUGGUUUCACUUCUCUCUCACUUUCUCACUUUUUUUCCCUUUCACACUUUACUGGCUACUGUCUUCUCUGAAGGAGGGAAGAAACAGAGUGGGUUAUCGUGGGAGAAGAGAAACCCUGUGGCAUAAAGGACAAAGAGAGAUAUAUAAAAAAAAGACUAAACGUACAUAUUAUAUAUA